UCGAAAAUUCGCUUAAAGUCGAAUGUUUUGGCGAAUUAAAAGUUUGGUGGUAUUACCAAUGGCGAACUCCGUAGUUCGUCUUUCAAAACAAAACUGCCAACAUUAAAAAUUGAAAGUGAAAUGUCAUUCAUUGUCAUAAAUAUUUAUAAAGUCAGAUUGAAGAAUAUUGUUUUUUUGAAAAAAAAAGUAAAUAAAAAUAAAGAUGAUUAGCAGCGUUGAACUGUUUUUCGAGGAUGAAAAUGAAGAAGUAACAAAUAAAGAAGAAAAAAUCAUGAUCUGCAGAUUGAGGAGAAGUUUAAAAGAUGCUUCCAACCCACUGGAAGUACCAGAUAAUUUAUUUGUGUUAUACUUUCGGCUUAGCAAACACGCAUUUCAAUAUGUUUUAAGUCAGAUAAGUUCAGGAUUUCAAACGACUCAAAGUUCUGCAAUUCCACCAAUUUUAAAACUUGCGUGCGCACUACGAUUUCUCGGAUGUGGAAGUUAUCAAAACAGUGUAGGAAAUGACUUUGAGCUAGGUUUCUCCCAACCUACAGUUUCAGUAGUUUUAAGCGAAGUUCUUAAUUUGCUUGAAGCAAGAAUCUGCCCAGUUUGGAUUAAUGCAGAUAUGUCCACUAAUGAAAAGCAAGAAGCGAGAAACUAUUUUUUUCAAAGAGCAGGCUUACCAGGGAUAGUUGGAUGUGUAGACGGAACUCACAUUGGUAUCAUAGCUCCUGCUCAGUUACAACACCAAUAUUUAAAUAGAAAAGGUUUUUACAGCUUAAAUGCGAUGGCUUGUGACAAUAAUGGAGUAAUACGAUUUAUUGAUGCUAGAUAUCCUGGUUCUACGCAUGACUCGUUUGUGUGGAAUCAUAGUGCGUUAAAGGAUUUGUUGGAAAGGUGGUGGAUAAAUGGAGAGCGGUCAAGAUAUCUUGGAGAUUCAGGUUAUCCUGUACUGCCGUAUUUAAUCGUUCCAUUUAGAAAUGCCUCCUCAGGGUCUAGAGAAGGACUAUUCAAUAAAAAACAUGCGAAGGCAAGAAACAUUAUUGAGAGAACAAUUGGCGUUUUAAAAAGUAGAUUCAGGUUAGUUUUGAAUGAGCGAAAACUGCACUAGAGUCCACAGAAAGCCAUCAAAAUAGUUAACGCUUCUUGUGCACUGCAUAAUAUUUGUAGAAAGUACAACAUUCCAGAUCCAGAGGCAGUGGAAGAAGAAACCUUGCAAUCCAAUGAGAUUGAAAAUGAACCAACGGAAUUGGACACUGCUAAUUUAUCAUCAGAAGGUACCCGAAUAAGAAAUGAAAUAUUAUUUUCUCUUUAGGAAAUGUUUUUUUUUUUUAUUUUUCUAUUUUAUACUUAAAGCUAAUAAUAAGAUACAGUAGAAUAAUAAAGUAAAGAAGUUAAAAAAAAUCUAUUAAAAAAUUCA